AUGUAUCGCAUGGGUGCGAUUGUCUUCUUGCUGGUCGCUAUCGUGCCACUCCUGCAUAGCACUUCCUUCUUUGGCCAUGCYUCCAUGCCCAUGCGGCCAGUUAGUGGAGGAUUCAUUCCCGAGCGUCCUAAUGGUAUAGUACUGGAUCGAAGACAGAGUGACAGUCCCACGGCCGUGUGCAAAAGAUGGGCUCAAAUGAGUACUGUUGUGAACGGCACUCUUUACCUAUACGGCGGCCAGGCUACUGAAACGGAAAGCCAGAAGACAGAUACUUGGAACAAUAACUUCCUGAGCUUGGAUCUGACGGAAAGCUGGCAAAUCAGUACUCCACGCUUGACUGGCCUUCCUCAACCCUCUGGCCCACCAAACAUCAGUCUCGGUGCACUUUGGAAUUCAUACGACUCUCUAUUCGUCUACGGUGGCCAAUUCUCCGAUUCCCCGCCCGAGGAACCUUCAGCGUUUUCUCUCUGGGAGUAUGACAUUGCGGAAUCUGUCUGGAACGAGCACUCCGAUCCCGUCACAUCCAAAGGAGUGAGUGCUCCUAGCGAUGGGGACAAGGUACAGCGCGCUGCCGAGGGUGCUGCAGUUAGUGUGCCGUCGCUGGGGAAAGCCUUUUAUUUUGGUGGCCAUCUCGAUGGGUAUACCACCGAAGGCUGGUCUCAAAGCAUCGCCAGAGUCUACCUGCAGAGUCUGCUCGAGUACACCUUCCCGGGGUAUGCAAACCCUCAAGUUGAUGCCCUUCAUUCAAGCGAUGCUCCAGCCGAAGGAAUCUACAGAAAUAUCACAGAGGGAGGUCUGCAAGCCGAAGCUGGUUUUACUAAACGUGCCGACGGACUGCUCAUCUACGUACCUGGGUUUGGAGAUGAUGGCAUUCUCGUCGCACUGGCAGGUGGUACGAACGAAAGCUACACUCAGAUGAACACUGUGAAUGUUUACGACAUUGCCAAAUCCUCGUGGUAUACGCAAGCGACCAGCGGCGAGACUCCAAACAUCAGAGUCAACCCAUGUGCUGCCGCUGUGGCUGCUCCCGAUGGCUCAUCUACUAACAUCUACAUGUUUGCCGGACAGAAUCUGAUUCCCUACGGUAACCAGACACAAUACGAUGAUAUGUGGAUUCUUACUUUGCCGGCUUUUGCCUGGAUCAAAGUCGACCAGACUGGACAAUCAGUACCGCAAGGAAGGGCUGGGGCUACUUGCAACGCUUGGGACGGUCAGAUGAUCAUGGUUGGAGGCUAUACCGGACCGAAUACAUUAAGUUGUGAGACGCCAGGAAUUUACGUUUAUGACAUGAGCAAUCUCCAGUGGGUCAAUCAGUUCACUGCAAUUUCUGGAACCAGCUCGCCGGAUACGACUGCUGCUUUGGCCGCGGAUGGCAGCAACUCCGACGCAUCGAACAACCCGCUCAAUCAACAGCCCGCCCAACGGUUCAACGAGACCUCAGUUGGUGGAUUGCAAGGCUCGUACGGCUACCAAGUCCCCGAUCCCGUGAUUAGCGUUGUAGGAGGAGGAAGAACAGGUGGAGCUACAAUUACCGGACCGAUAAACAGUGCGACCGCCGGACCACUUUCCACCGGCAAGCCCAUCACGUAUACCGUAACCAACUCGACGAACAAUGGUGCGAACAGCAAUAAUGGCAAUGGAGGUAAUUCGGGUCCCAACAUCGGCGCUAUUGUGGCAGGGACAAUUGCUGGCGUGCUCUUCAUCGUCGCUUGCUACCUUGCAUUCUGUGCAUAUGUGUACAGAAGGCAAUUACAGCUCUACAAGAGACAUGUAGAAAUGAGCCAAGCCCAAGCCCGUGGAGAGAAAAUGCCCGCCAUCCCCGGAUUACUCUCUACCCAUGCCUCGACUGGAAAGAAGACUCCCAGUGAUUCAAGCUAUAUGCGUGGCGAGGGCCACAAUGAUUCCCCAUGGCUGACCACUACCACGACGAGCGAGGGCAGGUCAAGUCAUCAUCGAAGUGACAGUGGUGGAGCCAGUGCCAAGGCGACGACUGGUACAGGAGCUCCUGGAGGUUAUGCAAGUUUGAGAAGGAAUAGUGAGGCUAGCGAUGGAGCUGAUGAGGAUCUUUUGGCUGGUAGAGAGCCCACGUUUGUUGGUGUUAUGUUGAAUCCAAGGAGAUCUUUGCGUGUGAUAAACAGAGAUUAG